GUUUAAAACCACACAAUUGUCCAACUUGUGGAAAAAGCUUUUCCAGAAAAAUGCUUCUGAAACAACACCAAAGAGUUCAUACAGGGGAGCGACCAUAUUCCUGCCCUGAAUGUGGAAAAACAUUUGCAGAUAGGUCAAAUAUGAGCUUACAUACUCGAUUGCAUACAGGUGUAAAACCAUACGCAUGCAACGCGUGCCCAAAAAGUUUUACAAAAAAGCACCACUUGAAAACACACAUGAAUUUUCAUACCGGACUGAAACCAUACAAAUGUGAAAACUGUGGAUUGGCAUUUUCUCAAAGUAGCAAUAUGAGGACGCACUACAAGAAGUGCAUUCUAAAGGACAAAUUGGACUUGGCAAAAACUGAGAGUUUAAGUUCUGUAGACAACAAUUCUUCCUAGUGUCCGAAUUAAUUAUAUAAAUCAGUUAAUAUUAUGAGAAUACAAAUAGUUAUAAAUGUCUGUGGUUUGUUUAGGACUAAUUUUGUUUACUUUACAUCGAUUGCUUCAAUUGUGUAUUUAAUAGACAUUAAACCUUU